UAUGCUUUGGUGGAGGGGUUGGGCGGGGGAUUCAAAAUUGCGCUGAUUAUUAAUUCACUUUGGGAUUUCGAGUGAUGGCCUGAGACAAUUGAUAUAGCCAUAAACCGAAAGAGAAAAUGCCAGCAAUUGUGACACGGCAAGGAGUGGGAAAGAUACAGGAGGUUAUGCAAAUAUUAAUGCAACUUUAAUCCAAAUCUCAGUUAAACUUCAUGCAACAUCAUAAAGCCUCAGAUAUCCAUAUUUGAAAUUAUUACUCAGCGGUUAGUUACAUUUUUGCAUCAUCUGAGUGGCUUGCCUUCGGGUAAUCUAUUUUUUUGAGGGGAAGGUGGAGGGGGUUAAUGUUUACAAUUGCAGCGAGCCCUUCAUUGUAUUAAGCACACUUGCUAUGACGGCAGAGAAUUGUUUUGAACAACUAUGUGAUUUUCACCACCGCCGUGUCCCUACCCCUCCCCCACCUGUUCCCAUUUGAUCAUACUUUCUUAAAAAAAAUCCUUUCUAGUUUCGAGUGUUAGCCUGACUCUGAACGUAUUGGAAUUCCUUACGUCUUUCUGCUUAUUUCCUUGAAGCUUAAAUUAGCUAUUUCUCCCCCUCUCUCACGACUACCCCUCUCCCUCCCCGGCUCACCCCACACCCACCACGCCCCCCCCCCCACCAUAUAAAUUUCUGUUCCCGCUAUUACUCCCACCUCCCUUUCAAAAACCUACCUUUCUCUCUCUCUCUCGUAUUGUAGCGCUAGAGGCGAAAGCUUCAAGCCUCCUGCCGUAGAUCAGUUAACAAGGACGGCCUAAAUCCACGGAAAAGCGCAGCACCGGCUUUCCGCGUCCCUUCAGCACCCUUGUAGCAAAACCUAAUGGACUGCAAUAUUACGUAUUUGAGUUAGCAGCCCGUUUUGUCACCCGGAAAAGAACUAAACUAUCUUUUUUGUACAUGUUUGUCGAGAUGGUUCGACAGACGUAUGCACUCAGGACGACUUAAACGGGCGUAAUGUACUGAAGACAAGUUACAGUUACGGACAUAGAUGUGGGGUAGGGGGUGGGAUUGUGGCUAGCGUUACGUUCCGGUGCCAGAAGAAACAUGAAAAAGUCAGAUUGGUAUAAGGAACGCAGCUCGGUCUUAAAAGCGUCUCAAUCGUGUUUACGUAGACAGAAGGGAACGACUGACAAUCUGUCAUGGCUCGCUCUCUCUCCCUCUGUACCUCUCGGUAGUACAGUACAUUUUGGUCUUUACUUGCAGUGCAAGUUGCCGAUUCGCAGAUUACACGCUGUUUGUAGAUUCUCGGAACGCCGUCUAAAUUCCCCCCUCCUUCCCCUCCCAUUCACACACAGGCUUGCAACUGGAAACAAAAUUACAGCGAAAAAAGACCACGGCUCUGUCCAUGUGAUGCAGUCUAUAAUUGAAAUCUUUUUGACAAAUUGUCGAAACACAGUAUUGGAAACCAGAAGAAAAAAAAACUUACCAACGUCUUAGAAAAUAAAACUAUACACCCACCCCCCUCCCCAAACCCUCAACGACAACCAACACUUCUCUGGAUUCUGUCUCAGGGAAUGGCUAACGGCGGACAGAUCUCACUAAAAUCGUACAUGCUGAACAAAGUCUCGGAUCGGGGAUUGGGGGUUGGGGGGUGGGUUAGGGUUGGUGGCGAUUUUGUGAGAAAGAAAGUUCAUAGAUGCCACUGACUGGGGAUCUCUUUGAUCGUCAGCGCCGCUAAGAACUACCAGCCCGUCUGAUUUUCUUUUUGUGUCAAGAAAAUAACACGACUGGAAUUCGGCUAGUGUCGGAAAGAUAAAAAUCAUUAAUUUCCCGCCUGAGCAUAACAGGCCUUAACCUCAUUUUCAAUUCAGCGCUUCUUGCCCGCACACGACAGAGAGAGGGAGAGAGAGAGAAAACCCUGGAUGAGUCGAGGGAACUAUUGAGGGCUAGAUUCUGUUAAAAGUAGCUGGUGUUUAAUCGGCUGGCCUGCAAAAUAAACUUUUUACGCUUUGCAAGUGCUCGUGGAAGGCGGAUCUGGGUGAACAUUUGUUUCACAAACGCUCCUUGUGAGUGCGCACACUUUCCUCCGUACUCUGUGGGCAGAUCGACUAUUCCAAAUUUUGUCCUUUUUUUGUUAAAAAAGUCUUUGCUCCAAUAAACAACGGAUCGAAUUUAGUUUCAUAAUUUCAAGGAACUUUCAAAUGGAUUUACACAUAAUAAUGACACCCUCCCCCCGACAGCCCCACAAGCCAUUCAAUCCUACCCAAAUUCACCGUUUUCUCCCCCCCCCCCCCGACUCCUCCCCUACCAAUACACACACCCUCCAGGAAUGAAUUACAACGUGACGAAGUGUAGAGUGCAGAGGAGGGAGCACGCCAGUUAUUCACUUUUUGCGAGAUUUCCCCCCCAGCUAAAAACACAGCCCGCGCCAACUUGUAAAGAUUUUUGUUUUAAAUUUGCCGUUGUUUGAGGCAAAAGUGACCUUCAGCUACAGAAAGCGAGUUGGGGGGUGUUGGGGGGUCGGGAGAGAGAGAGAGGUACAGCAGAAACGGUUUUCCUAAUAAAAUUGAGCAUGUUGCAAACCAGCAACAGCAAAAAAAAACAAGAGAACAGCCAAAGGAAAAGUACUUUUUCACAUUCAACCCACCCCCCCAACACCCUUCCAACAUCCCUUACGCGCACCCACCUCCAUCCCCCCACCCCCUUCCUCCCCAAAAGCCAAAGCUUGUUAUAACACGCAUGUGCCCUGACUGGGGUAAGGAAGUAAGACUGUCAAUCAUCGGAGACUGACCAAUGGGAUUGCGUGUUGUUCGCGGAGCUCGUCGGAGCAAGGCUGUUCAUGAAUCUCAAUUCAGUUUCUCAAAGCGUCCUGCUGCUGCAUUCGCGCUGCACCCUCCAACCGAAUGGCUUUCCACGUUGGCAAAGAACGAGUUUCUAAAGUUCGGUAGUUACCCUGGACACCAUGGUCACCCCGAGGCUGGGAACCACUCUCUAUUCCCUGGACUUCAUGACCAGCCUCCCCUUGCAGUCCCAGCUGGACACCAUCUGAACGGACAGUUGAGACUGGGGCUACCUGGAGAUAUGUACGCCAGGUCUGAGCACUACAGUCAAGUGGCAAGUUCCAGGAGUGAUCCUUUUGCCUCUUCCCCUCUACAUGGCUACGGUGGCAUGAAUAUUAACAUGAACAUAACUGGCCACCACGGUCCAGGUGCUUUUUUUCGCUACAUGAGACAACCCAUCAAGCAGGAACUGAUCUGCAAGUGGACUGAACCGGACCCUGUCACUAAAAAGCCAUGCUCAAAAACUUUUAGUACGAUGCACGAACUGGUUACUCACGUAACAGUGGAACACGUUGGGGGACCAGAACAGUCGAAUCAUAUCUGUUUCUGGGAAGAGUGUCCACGAGAGGGAAAGCCUUUCAAAGCCAAAUAUAAGCUUGUAAAUCACAUCAGAGUCCACACUGGCGAGAAACCAUUUCCCUGUCCAUUCCCUGGCUGUGGCAAAGUCUUUGCCAGAUCAGAAAAUCUCAAGAUCCACAAAAGAACUCACACAGGAGAAAAGCCCUUUAAGUGUGAAUUUGAAGGCUGUGACAGACGUUUUGCUAACAGCAGCGACAGGAAAAAGCACUCGCAUGUGCAUACAAGUGACAAGCCCUAUAACUGCAAAGUCAGAGGCUGUGAUAAAUCGUACACGCACCCGAGUUCCCUUCGCAAGCACAUGAAGGUCCAUUGCAAAUCUCCACCCCCCAGUUCGGGCUACGAAUCCUCCACCCCUUCGCUGGUCUCUCCUUCUUCGGACUUAGGUCGGGACCCCCCGGCUUCGGCUUCCCAGCUUGACCCCAUCACGUCUUCCCACGCAGCUAACCUGAGCGAAUGGUAUGUGUGUCAAAGCACAGGAGCAAGCGGUAUUCCAACACCUCCGAGCAAUUCAUCAUCACCUGGACCAGGGGAGCACUCUUACAGAAAUUCUGACCCCAGAACUAUUCUCUAACUAGAAACUUGGCCAAGAAUCCGUAAUUUUUUUUGGGGGGGGGAGAAACAAAAGUACUGACUAAUGCUUUGUGAAGGUGUUAGCAUUGCUGCACUGGACUUGGUGAAACUACUUGAGUUUCUGGAGGCCUAGCGCCGAGGAACAUAAUGUAAUGAAUGCACUGGCAUACGAAAAAGACAAUAACAUAUUAAAGAGAAAGUAUCCCCAAUGUAAUCUUGCACAAGUUGCAGUUUACAGUCAAGAAUGUGUGUCAUGAACAACACAGAAAUUCCGUUCACAUAAAGUGCUGCAAGCAUACAGUAUUGUUUCCACAAAAUGUUGUACAAAGAAAAUCAUUGUUUCAUUUCUCGUUUUUAUCUUUUUUUUUGUGGAAGGAAAAUGCACUGCUGUAUCUAUUUGUUAAGAAAGUACGUUGCAAUUCUUUCCGAAAGCCAGAAGGACGAAAGCAGAUAUUCCCUACACCUGAUGUGAAUAGUAAUGAACAAAAGCCUUUGUAGGCCAAAACAAAAUGGAUACUCUUCAAAAGCCUGUCUAGCCUUUGACUUUUUAAAAACAUUUCUGCAAACUAGAUUUUCGAUGUUAGACCUUUUUUGCGGAAUAACUCUGUAAAAACAUGUGAAUAUAGGUAUAGACGAAUACAACGUACAUCUGUGUUAAGUAAUUCGUUUAUAUUUUCUCUCUGCUUUGUUUUCCUUGAAAUAAUUUAUUUAAAAUGUUACAAUAAAACACAUUUUGUAUAAAUGACCCAAAAUGUUUAUUACUGGGCGAUUAAGACAGUGUACAUUUUUUAUUGGAUUAUGUUAAAUAAUUAGCGCGUGUACUGUAAAUUAUAGUGUUUUAUAACUGGAAGUUUUGACUGUAGAAUAAUUUUCCUUCUGUAUUUCGACCCUGUUUUGAUAUGCAUUCGUACCGGUUUGCAAUAAAUUGAUAAUAAUAGAAA